AUGAGUUAUCGAGCGGAUAAGAUAUUCGAAGCACUCGAAGAACAAAACCGAAAAUUGCACGAGCAUGUUGAAGAACAGGCUAAAACAACACCAGCAAACCGAUACGACAAAUCAUUUGAUGCGGAAGUCGUGUUGCUAGGGCCAGAUCAAAGAAAUAAUAAUCCUGAUCUCAAUCAAGAGAAUGAAUCGAAUACUGAGCAACCUGUUCGUGAUGAUAUUUUAGACGGCUCAGAUCAACUCAAUGAUAUGCAACAUAUGACUGAAUUUUCAUCAGAAACAAUCAGCAAACCUGGUGUUAGUAAACUAUCAUUACAGGAUGAUAGUACUGAGAGCAAUGAAGUUGGGACUAAGCUGUCGUUUCGAAAAAUCAUAGUAUCAUCAUACAACGAAAAUAGCGGUUCAUCAGAAGAAGAUCCAUUCUCCUCAGGUUCAAGCGAUAAUUAUGAACCGUCUAGCGAAAGUGAUUCGGAUUCCGAAACUGUCGAAAGUCCUGAUACACCAGUGCCGGCUGAGGAACCCAAAAGCACUUUUUCACGAGUGCUUAUGCCUGCUGAGGAACCGAAAAUCGCCGAUCCACCAGUGCCGGUUGAGGAACCCGAAAACACUUCCUCACGAGUGCUUAUGCCCCCUGUAGAACCCAGAAUCGUUGAUCCUGCAGUGCCGGCCGAGGAACUCGAGAGAACUAAUCCGCAAGUGUCUAUGCCUGCUAAAGAACCCAAAAUCGCUGAUCCACCAGUGCAUGUACCUGCUGAGGAACCCGAGUUCCCAGUAAAAGGCAAAAAGCGUGUCAAGAGGGUUGAGACAUGGGCCAAAGAAAAGGCAAAGAGACAGAAAAAUUCUGGAAAAGAAUACCAGUCGAAAAGUGGUAAUAUUGUUCAGGCAAAAAGCAUGAAACCACCGUGUCCAGUCAGGUGUGUUCUAAAGUGCGCUGACAAAUUUUCAGAAGAUUUCAGAAGGAAACUCUUUGAAGAUUUUUGGGAAUUGGCAUGCUUACAGCAACAGCGUGAUUUUUUAGGUGCAUGUGUUGAGCAACUAGAACUCAGUUAUAGAAGAAUUUCCGCAGCUAAUCCAAGGAAACCAAACUGUGCAUUCUAUUUACGUAAUAACGAUGAGAAAAUGAGAGUAUGCAAAACAUUCUUAUUGAAUACAUUGGGAGUAUCAGAGAGAACUUUGCGAACCGUAAUUUCAUCAAAAUUAAACGGAUCUGGAAUGAUAGUCACAGACAAACGUGGAAAACAUUCUAAUCAUAAAAAAACAAGUGACGAGAUUUUGAAUUCAAUCAGAAACCAUAUUGAUAGCAUUCCGAGGAUUGAAAGUCACUAUGUAAGGAGCGAUACUUCUCGGCAGUAUAUAGAUGGAGGGCUCUGUAUAGCUGAACUACACAGGAACUAUUCAGAAGAGAGAACCUAUUGUAAUAGAGAAGUUGCAUCUUACGAUACAUACGCUAAAGUUUUCAACACGGAAUACAAUAUAGGGUUCUUCUCUCCAAAAAAAGAUCAAUGUGAUCUAUGCGAAUCAUAUAAAAACGCGAGCAAUGAUGAAAGAAUCAAAUUAGAGGAAAAGUACAACAAACACUCAGAAGAGAAGGAUCUUAGUAGGAAAGUUAAAACUGAAGAUAAAGAGAAGGCAAAAGAACAUGGAGUAAUUCUGGCCGUUUAUGAUUUGCAGGCCGUUCUGCCUGUACCCAUGGGCCAAACAUCCGCAUUUUUUUACAAAAGUCGCCUCAAUUGUUAUAACUUCACGAUCACAAACAUAGGUAAUGACCAAACAAAAUCAUUUUUCUGGCAUGAAGGACUCGGUCACAGAGGAGCAAUAGAGAUUGGGACUUGUGUUCUGAAUUAUCUUCAAGAAAUAUCAGAAAACACACCUGGAAUGGAUGUGAUCUUUUAUUCAGACAAUUGUGGAGGACAAAAAAAAAAUAGGUUCCUCAUCGGUGCAUAUUUAUAUGCAGUAGGACGAUUUAAUAUCAAAUCAAUAACACAUAAAUACUUAAUUCGCGGUCAUACUCAAAAUGAAGGAGACGCAAUACAUAGUGUCAUAGAAAGGGCUCUAAAACGAACAAAGAAAUCUGGACCCAUCUACGUGCCAGACCAGUACAUCACAGUCAUUCAAAAUGCUAGGAAGAAGGGAAACCCAGUCGAAGUUAAAGAAAUGGGAUAUGCAGAUUUUGUUGAUAUAAAAUCGUUAUACGACGACAUGGGUAUCAAUAUCUCUAGAGAUAUAGAUGGUAAUGAUUUCAAAAUCAACGAUAUUCGAAUUAUGCAAUUUGAAAGAGGUGCUGACGUAUUCCGUUUCAAGACAAGCUACAAGCAAGAGGAGUGGAGUUUUGUUUCUUUCAGGCCGAGAAGAAGACGUUCUGAGUUGAAAGAUAUUGAAACAGUUACCCUCAAACAUGCAUAUUCUGAAAAUAUAAAAAUUUCUGAGAACAAAAGAAAAGAUCUCAAAUCUCUUAUCGAAGCAAAUAUCAUUCCCAAAUUUUACAGAUAUUUUUAUGAUACAGUUACAAACUGA